GUCCUGGUUCAAGUCUUAGGCACUGAUUGUAUGUAGGUUGAGCGAUCCUGUGGCCCUGGUUCAAGUCUUAGGCACUGAUUGCAUGUAAGUUGAGAUGAUGGGUUGUUCUCUUCAUUGCCAAGAGAGUUUUCUGCGUCAACGUUAGCUUGUGUCACGACAAAAAUCAAAAUAUCAACUGACUGAUCAAAUACCCAGCAUUCAGCUCUGCACAGAAGUGAUCAAGAGAUGGCAGUAUGGUUCGUAAUGUUUGGACUAGAGGCAUUAGUGAUUGUAACGGGAAACGCCUUGGUUAUAGCUGCUUUGACAUUAAGUCGGCUUCACCGUAAACGAAGAUAUUAUCUUAUCGCAAACUUGGCUAUUGCCGACCUGAUGGUUGGUAUGGUAACACUACCAUUGUAUAUCUACCACAUCAUACAGAACCAAAACACUGGCGUAAGAACAGCGUUUAUAUUGUUUGAUAUCAUGUUUGGUGUAGAGUCUCUUCUUGGACUGCUAACCUUGGCACUUGAAAGGCUAUACGCGAUAUGUUGGCCCAUGAACCAUCGCACAGUUAAACGAAAUCAUUUAUUAUUAAUAAUCGUGUGCACAUGGAUGAUAUCUGCGGUCACUGGUUUCACGACACUUCUUAAUCCAUCACAAAACGUGUUUUUCUUUUAUAUCCUACCACUGCUAACCACGAUACACGUCAUUAUAUGUAUAUCAUACAGUACGAUAUGGUGGAAAGUGCGAUCCACACCCGUCAUAGGAGAACAUGCCCAGGAACAGCGAGUACGCCAUGAAAGAACACUUGCAAAAACACUAUUCAUUGUAACUGUAUUGUCGAUUCUAGCAUGGUUACCAGCUGAAAUAUUAAACAUUAUACUACCAUUUUGCUUGCCAUGUCAACGAACGCUAACACAGUUUGCAUACUUAGCAAAGUUUCUUCAAUUUGGAAACUCAUUUAUCAACCCAAUUGUGUAUGUAUUAAGGAUUCCUGAGUUUAGGAAGUCAACAAGACGACUUUUCUCUCGGUACAGUGUAAGACGAAAGUAUUCUAGUAGAAGAUCCAGCAAAAUGAUUAAAACACCGACUUUAAUUGUCACUAUGAAGUAAUCAAGGACUUAUUACCGGAGAUGUUAGACACUCAUGACUACGCAUGCUCAGACGUCUGCACAGUGGCACCCUUUACGCAUGCUCUGAAGUGUGAACAUAUUUGCGUUUGUACUCUUAUAUUUAGUUUGACAUCCUAAACUUCAAUGUACAAAACUUUCAUUUUAUCCUUUAGUAAACUAUUAGUAUAAAUACUGACAUAUUUAGAAAUCUAGUGAAAUCAAGACCAACUAACUUGGGCAUCUGUACAUCUGUACAAUCAAACGCCUUGUAUUGAAACGUGCCAAACAAUACUCACAACUGACGCUUCAAUCUUCCGUUGCUUUUUGGUUGGUAAACAACAUAACAAAGUCUACAAUCAUGAAAGUGCUAUGAUUCAAUAAUCUCAUGACACCAUAAUCUCGGUACACCAGCGAGAGACUAGUCAGCACCAAGAAACAUAGAAAUCUAGACUAGUUAGUGUGAAAUAUAAGACUCGUACAAGAAUAGCAUUCGCUAUAUAUUGUCAAUAUACAUACAGUAGCAUAAUAACAAGAAUCAGCUAUAAUUUAUAAUCGCAAUCAUGUAUCAUCAAAUGCCUCGUUUUUGUUGCGUAAUAUUGCAUAAUCGAAUUAUAUGUAGACAUAUCCUUAAUUUCCUUUCGUCCGUUCUCUUUGUUUAUUAUUCGUAUAUAUAUCCUAUUUUGAAAAUUAUACUCCAGUCUAGUAUAUCUCCUUGUAACCUAACAGAAUAGUUUAAAUGCGGGUAACAAUACAUUCUUGUAUAAUUAUUUUAUUGUUAUUGUUAUUAUAAUAGUGUAAAUAAAGCAUUGGUCUUGUGUCUCUA